GCUACAAAUCCGAGUCUAUUGGAAGGUUGCUAAUCGAUCGCAGCGCUAUCUCUUCGCUAAGCUGGAGUACUAGUCGUAGUGCAUGUUAAACAAAUAGGUAUCUACAGCAGACAAAUACCUACAUAAGCAGACAUCUACAACAAAGGCUUACUACUAUCAGUCGCAAUGGCGUUCGACCUCCGAUCCUUCAAGGCCAUCUUCUUCGCCAUUAACGCCACGCCGAUCGACUGGGAGUCCGGCAUCUACCCAUCUCUCCUGCAUCUCAGCCAGCAACUGCCGGUCGGCGACGCGCCCGAGGGGGUGGUGCAGCACGAGAACCCGCAACUCGCGUACCCGCAGAUUCUGGAGAAAGUGUACGAACGGAUCGCUUCCGAUCUUGGGCUCGAGGCCGACGAGAAAGACAGGGUGGCGUUCGGCCAGAGCAUCGCGUCGUGGCCCGCGUUCCCGGAAUGGUGGCCGCGAUGCAGGUGCUGGCGCGGCACUACAAGCUUUUCGUCUUGA